CACUUACCUUUCCCUUUUUUAGUUUAGAAAUUAGGAAUUAGGAAUAGCGAUUUACCCAACUGUUUCCCGCCAUGUUAAUAGCAAUAUCUAAUCCUAAAACCCUAUCCCCUUCCCAAAUACUCUACACUCCCAAAUUGAAAACCCUAAUUCCUGCCUCUAAUCAAUCCAAAUUCAAGCCUCCAAUCAACAAAAUUAUUCGCUGCAAAUUCAAUCGUGUGAUUGAAAUUGAAAGGGGUCUCCAUUUCGACACUGGAGAGACCUUUUUCCGACAUGAGAGUGCCACAGGCCGCGACCUCGGCGUCCUCGCUGCGUCACUCUACAAGCAAGUCAAGGGGAAUUUGCGCCUUCUCGAUGCAAUGUGCGGUUGUGGGAUUCGAUCCCUCCGCUAUCUCGUCGAGGCCGAUGCCGAUUUUGUUCUCGCCAACGACGCAAACGACAGCCACAGGAGGGUUGUUCUGCAGAAUUUAUCACAGGUAGAGAGAGGUUCUGGUGAUAAGAAGAGAUGGGCAGUCACGCAUUUUGAUGCCAAUCGGAUCUUGACCCACUGUUAUCUGCAAAGGGAUUUCUUUGAUUUUAUUGACAUUGAUUCCUUUGGGAGCGAUUCCUCCUACUUCUUUAGGUCUGCUUUUACUUCUUUGAAGCUUGAUGGGUUGAUCUAUGUAACAUCAACUGAUGGUUAUUCAUCCGGAGGCCACCGCCCUUAUCAUUCUCUAGCAGCAUAUGGAGCAUAUGUUCGUCCUAUGCCCUAUGCAAAUGAGAUUGGUUUGCGAGUCCUCAUAGGUGGAGCGGUCAGGGAGGCUUCUGUGCUGGGAUUUCAUGUUACACCGCUUUUUUCAUACUACUCCUACCACGGACCUGUUUUUAGGGUCUUGCUCCGUUUGAAUCGAGGGAAGCUGACUGAAAACAGGAAUUAUGGCUUCAUCUGCUACUGCACCCAGUGUGGAAACUCUCAGGCAAUUUCAUGGGACAAACUUGGUCAAAUCAUUUGCCCUUGCACUGAGGACACGGAUGCUGCAUCACUUGUUGUUUCGGGGCCCCUGUGGACAGGACCUCUUCACAGCCCUACUUACAUUAUGGAGAUGCUAAACUUGGCUCAGCAAUGGGGAUGGGUGGGCAAUGGUGCAGGCACAGAUCUAGAACAACUUUUGAAACUGAUGGUGGAUGAAAGUGAUCCCAGAUUACCAUUUGGAUAUAUCAAACUGGAUGAGGUGGCAAGUCGUGCAAAAGUAAAUUCUCCUCCUCUAAGAACCAUUAUGAGUGCCAUUCGCAAGGAGGGAUAUGUUGCUAGUAGGUCACACAUUGCCUCCAAUGCGAUCAAGACAAACUGUCCAAUGGCAAAAUGCAUCCAGAUCGCCAGGGAACUAGACUGCUGCUGAAAAGUUGAUUCCAAGUGCCGUUGGCUUUGGAUCAAAAUACUGGUUCUCUUCUGAAUUUGGAUUCUGGAUCAAUGGUUUUUCUACCCAAAUUAAGCACUUCAUUUUCUAUCAUUACCUUUUUUCAUAAAAAAAAAUAAUAAUAAGACAGAUUG